CGACCUGCGUAGAGUGUAGUGAAGGUUAGCAGUGGCAGGAUCUUGGUGGUCACCCGGCCCGCUACACCCUCCCAUUCUGACCCCCAUAUCUCCCACACCUGCUGUCGUGGGCGCAUAUGGGUGGUGUGUCCUAGCGCGUAAGGCCCUCAGGAGAGACUAUGACAAAUUAAGAAACUCUACUGACACGAAAGAUUUCAAAAUUUUUAGCAUGUUUCCUCACGGUGCAACGAACGAACGGUGGAGAGGAAAAUGACGACGAAGAAAAGAGGAAUGAAAGAAGGAAAUAGAGCCGUAAAUAAAACAAUAACAAGGAAAAUAAGAAGAACAAUAAGAGAGAAAACUUUUUAACAACUUCGCGAAACUCCCUUUGAAUAAAUAAUAACAAAGAGAGGAGGAAAAAGAAGAAGAAGAAGAGGAAUAAGAGAGAUACAUAGAUAUAAAUAAGAAAGGUAAAUAAAAGAGGAAGAUUAGAUAAAGAGAUAAGGACACGUGAGAAAAUAAUAAUAAAAGAGGAGAAGGAAGGAAAGAAAGAUUAGAAUAAAAGUAGAAUAUAUAGAGAAAGAGAGAUUAGAAGAAUUAACUUGGAAUAAAUAAAGGUAAAGAAGGAAAGAGAGAAGGAAUUGAAGAAAUGAGGUAAAGAGAGAAAUUAGAAGAAGAGAUAAAGGAAUAAAUUAAAAAUACAAAGAAAGAAAAGAGAGAAUAGGAGAAGAAUAAAAAGAAAAAGAGAGAUAAUCAAAGAGAAAGAGAAAGAGAGAAAGAAAAAUUAGACGAACAGAUUAAGAAUAAGAAAGAGAAAGAAGGAAAGAAGAGGAAAUGAAGGAUUAGAAUAAGAGAUAAGCAGUAACUAAAGAUAAAAAAAGGGAAAUAGAAAGAAAAAAAAGGAAUUGAAGAAACUGAAGAAAAAUAAUAAAUAAACAGAAAGAAAAAAGAAAAUAAGACAAAAAUAGAAAAAAAAUAGAGAAAUAGGAAGAAAUUGAUGAAAAGCUGGAAACAAGAAAAUAUGAUAAAGAAGAAUAAGGGAAAAAAAAGGAAAUAAACACGGAAAUCUUAAUAAUAUGCAAAAAUAAAGUUAAUGAAAAGAGAAUCAGGAAUAUUACGUUUUCUUACCAUUAAUUAAUAGAAACAAAGAAAACGGGAAGAGGAAAAUAAAAAAAAUAUUUAUAUGUUAUACCUCAAAAAGAAGGUCAACUUAAAAUAAAAAACGAAAAUAGAAAGAAAAAUUAUAAGUAAACAAGGAGGAAUAAAAUAAGAUAAAAUAAACUUGUAAAAAUUAAUAAAAAAUAAAAUAUAUUACGUUUAAAAUAAGAGAAACUUAAUAGAAAACGAGAAGAGGAAGAAAAAGUAAAAGAAAACGGGCUUAGGAAGAGAAAAAUUAAAGAAAAGAGAAAGGGAAGAGGAAAAAUAAUAAGAACUUGAACAAAAAAGAAGAAGAAGAAGAAGAAGACUGGAAAAAAUAAAGAAAUAAAAAUAUAUAUACAAAAAAUAAAUUGAAAAAAGUCAAACAAGUACAUUAAUUAAUAAAGAAAAAUAAUAAAAACUUAAGAAAUAAAGAAAAAAUAAGGAAAAAAAUAACAAAGAAACAGAUAAACAAAAAAAAAAUAAAUAAAUAAAUAAACGAAAAAAAAGAAAACGAAGGAAGAGAUGAAAUAUUACGAAAAACAUAGAAAAGAAAUCAAUUAAAACACUAGAAGGAGAAAUAAAUAGACAAAAUAUAAUAAAAGCAUAAUAAAAAAAGAAAUAAAAAUAAAACAGCAAAACAUUACAAGAAAUUAAAGCAAAAAGAAAGAAAUAAACAAAUAAACAAAAACAACAAGCCUCAUCUUGCGGAACCUCACCUGAAAAGAAAGAAAGAAAGAGAAAACACAAAAUACUUCCUCUUACGAAUCUAUUCCUUUAUAAAAAACGACAACAACAACAACAAAAGCCUCUCCUUGCAGAACCCCACACACCAAGAAGAGAUAAACACUAAUAUUUACACUUCCAAGCCUAUUGAUUUAUCAAAACAAAUAGAAAACAACAAAAGCCUCUCCUUGCAGAACCCCACACACCAAGAAGAGAUAAAAGAAGAGAUAAACACAAAUAUUUAUACUUCCAAGCCUAUUAAUUUAUCAAAACAAACAGAGGGUAACAAAAGCCUUACCUUGCAGAACCCCACACACCAAGAAGAGAUAAAAGAAGAGAUAAACACAAAUAUUUAUACUUCCAAGCCUAUUAAUUUAUCAAAAGAAACAGAAGAUAACAAAAACCUUACCUUGCAGAACCCUACACAUCAAGAAGAGAUAAAAGAAGAGAUAAACACAAAUAUUUACACUUCCAAGCCCAUUAAUUUAUCAAAACAGAGGGUAACAAAAGCCUUACCUUGCAGAACCCCACCUUAUGAAGAGAGAUUAAGAAGAUAUUUGCACUUAAAAGCCUAUUACUUUAUCAAAACAAACAGAGGGUAACAAAAGCCUUACCCUACGGAACCUCAGCUGACAAGAGAGAUAAAGAAAGAGAAAAAAUAACCAAUAUUUACACUUGCAAGCCAAUUACUUCAUAAAAUAAAUAAAUAAAUAAACAAGAGAACAAAAGCCUAAACUUACGGAACCUCACACAAGAGAGAGGGAGAGAGAAAAAAGAAGGACCCCAAUAUAUACCCUUGCGAAUCUCACUCUUCCUCUCAGCCUGCUAUGUUAGGGUGCUGUCAGUCCCUAGGGCGUGUCUCAGCUAUGGAUAAGCCUCAUCCCUUGACCAUCCAGCCCUGCCAUGACCUCAAAGACACGACCAUUGAGCCUUUAGACAACAAGGAACGCGAGGACCUGGAGAGGAAAACAGCAGAGGAUGAUGAGGAAAAAAAUGACUCUGUGAAGGAUUCCGUGAGUUCUGAGGUUCUUGAGGCGCCCCAGUCCUUAUCUAUUGAUGGUGAUGAUGUCUCGUAUAGUGAAGAUAAUAGUCUGGAUAAUAACACCUUUAAUAUCAUCAACACGGAGGAUUCACAGAGCCAGGAAGUGAGCGACAUAACGAAUGACGAGUCCCCGAUGCACAUCAACGAGAACGGGGACCUGAGUGGCGCCAAAGAAAAUGUGAGUUUUAAAAGGGAGACUGAUGAGGAUUCCGAUGAGGAGUUGUCUUGCCUGGAGGAGGAGGAGGAGGAGGACCUGGAGGAAGAGGAGGAGGUGGAGGAUGAAGAGAGUGACGAAAGUGGUGACAGUGAUAAAAACUCGACAAAUAGUGAUGGGGGAGAUGAGAGUGAUGAUGAAAGGGAGUUUGAUAAUGAGUCUUUAGGGGACGAAAAGAACUCUGACAGUGCCAUAUGCGUGACGGACACAGUGCCCCCUCUAGACCUCCCGGAGCCGCCCAAGGACAUCCCGCAGAGUGCCAAACAGAAAACGGAGAACGCCAAGCCAGCCUCCCCACAGAAAAUGAGACGGGGGUUAAGAUCUCUGGGGAAAAAAGAGAGUAGAGAGUUUACUAUUGAAAUUUAUGAAUGUAGACGAAAACCAGUUGACAUUCCUGUUAAGAAAAACACUGAUACAUCCCCUGGGAGUGACACGCGAAGCCCCAACAACCCAGUGGCGAGUCAGCGAACUGGGGACUGUACUGGGCUACCUGGUUCAAGCCUAGUCAGCCCUGGUUCCACUCUCACUACCCCAGACUCGGCAGAUAACACUCUUAUCGUCUCUCUCGACAUCAGUAACGCUACGAUAAGGGAAGAGACAGAUGAGAGUGAUAGGUAUUCGCCGCUUAAGACGCCCAGUGAUGGAGGACUAACCCCCGGAUGCAAGUCAGACUGUGAUGUGAAGGACAGCAGCACCCCUAGCAAAACCUCAAUUUCUACCACAACCACAGCAACCACAACCACACCAACCAACACCACAACAACUACAACAACUACCACAACAACCACCACCACCACCACCUCCCAGGCUAGCGACAAGCGAGGAAAACAAGCCAAAGAAAACGGAACAUUGGGGACCUCUCGCCUCGAUGGACUGAAGAAAAAGGAGGAAGCGAAGGAGGAAACUGGAGAAGGAGGAGGAGGAGGAGGAGGAGGCGCCAAGAAACAGUUUCCCAUGGCAUUUACUAUAGAUAUUAGUGAUGGUAUUUCCUCCAAUGUUGAUAGUAGUGCCAAGAAACUAGAUAUAACAUCGUCUUUAAGUCGCUGGGCCCCAAAACAUCGAAGGAACUUGAGUCUCACUAAGGUGGAUGAACACAAGGUGGUGGAGAAUUUCUUUGACGAGAAUGGGAACUCAAGAAACAGAAGACGCAGCACAAUUAGUUCUCUGGAUAAGGUGGAGGAGCGAUCUGCCAAGCCUCCACUGGGUCGUCCACGGAGCGGCACGGUCGGGGCGGCGGCGGGGCUGGCGGGGCUUGGGCGGCGGGGCGGGGCGGGGUACCACUCAGAAGGAUAUUUCUCUUCUGAUCAGGAUGACGAAGGACCGAGGAGGGCUGAUCUGAAGUCACCCCGGUCACCACGCACCCCAGAGCUUCGGUCCCCACAAACACCCCAGCGGUUGGUGCGAUCUUCCUCCCAAGACUCUGCAAAGGGCGCCAGCUUAAGAAUGCGGAGCACCCCUAGCCCCGACACUCCCCCCGGAGCAGCAGCAGCAGCAGCAGCAGCCCGCGCGUCACCCAUACAGGCCCCUAGCCUCACCCUACACGAGUCUGCGUCCUUCCUGCUGGAGAAAAUGAUGACGUCAGCACCUGAGUCUCUGAGGAAGCAGGGAAGCAAGACUGAGGGCCGAGCCUGCUGCAAGACAGAGAAGAAGCCCACAGUAGCAGAAGUAACUGGCCGCAACAGACCCGAGAAGAACAAGGCGAUGGACAAGAUCACAGCUGACUGUCGGAAGCAAAGCAGCAGCGUUAACAGCCUGAACAGCAACCGGACUUUUGAGAUGAAGCAGCAGGCGCCACUACAGGACUCUGCCAAGGAGGAGAAGGAUGACGUGAGCGAGGCCGGCACCUACACCAUUGAGAAGGAUUCGUCGUCCCCUGAGGUGGAGCAGGCGCGAAGUGACAUCGACAGAGUUUUUGGGGUGUCUGGCACGGAGAGCGAGGUGGAGGUCGGCUCGGCACUUACCCCACGUGGCCCCCCGCCCCCCGAUGAACCCUGGGCGCAUGCAAAUUCCAUAGACCAAGACAAGUAUAAGAAACAUGGACAGAGAGAAAUGAGCCCAGGAAGCCUAAGUCGCAACAGCCCAAACUGGAUACAGCAGUGGGCAGCGCAGGUAGCCGAGCACACCAAAUCAACAGAACACAGCAAGGCAUCCCAGGGCACUCCACGCGGCUCUCGGAUCCCCCCCGGCGCCUCCCUCUCGUCCUCGCAGGAGAGCAGCGAGAGCCGGCCAAGACGUAAACUGCCCACUCCACCCACCAUUCACCACUCCCACUCCCUUCCACACAAGAACAAUGGUGGUGUGGACGUGUCAGAUUGCGAAACGCCAACUAAGAGCAGGCUCCUCCCAGACCCUUUGGAGCCCCUGCCCCGCGCACAGGAUGACUACGACAGCAGCAGGGACCUCCUUCGCCACACUGAGCGCAUUGUCACCUCCCUGCAGGCUCGGGUGGACACGGCACGCAGUGGGACUCUCCGCGGCGGCUCGUUCGAAUCUCACGACUCCGGUGGUGACUCGGACCUGGACACAAGCACGUCUUACCCCAUACAGGACGACGAGCACCUGACCAGGCAGCUGAAGGCGCGUUUAAAGCUUGUGGGAAUUGAAGGGGAUGCCAAGACUCCACCUUCCGCCAGUCCGCGAAGGCCAACUGUGGAUAGGCUGAAGCGGGAGAGGUCCUUUACGUCCCAUGGGGGCUACGAGGGUUUCACCGCCUCUGCUACAAGGGCGGAUGACGGGAGUGGCCAGUCGGAUAGCAGCAGUGACGCCAGCGACCAUGGGAGUGGCGCCAAGGAUGCAAGGAAGACUGUAGAGAAUAAUCCGCCUCUUAAGUUUAAUCGGGCGUUUAGCUUGAGAAGGGCUCGUUUGGGGUGCGACGAAUCGCAGACACAACCCAUUAAACCCCCAUCUCCUGUAGACAAAAAGAAAGUGACGCGCCCCUCCAGCGCCGGCAGCCUCCCCAGCUCCCGGAAGCCUGCCCUGGGACACACCAAGAGCCAGAGUAUUGGAGGUAUAAGAACUGGGACACCGCACUCAUCCACGCCCUCCACCAAGACUUCUACCAAUGAUUUUAGCCGCGGAGAUGGUGGAAGAUUUAGUUUAAGGCUUCCACGCUCUGGUUCUACGUCUGCUGUCUCCAAGUCACCAUCACGAGCUUCCACCCGCAAGGAGACCUCCACGUCAUUGGUAGGUGGAGGGAGACGAGGCGCAGCUCCACGCUCAAACUCCACAUUGUCAGCUAAGGAAGUGGACUUUCAGAACUGGAAGAGGCGGAAGAAUUAUGACCCAAUGAAGGCUGCAGCGGAAGGGCGGAAGAAAGUUAAUAGCAAGGGGAACGAGAAAGCUUUGCAAAGUGGACCAGCCAGCACCUCGGAGCGAUCCCCCAGUCCUCCAGGGUCCCUCUUGCGUUCAGCCUCCUUCCACGGGACAGAGGGCAUGGGGGCCACGUCUGGGAGGUGGCCACGCCCCAGACCACAUCACCUCUACCCCAGCGAGGACGAGGGGCCAUAUUCGCUAGAGGAGGAGCAGGCUCACCCUGUCCCCCACUGCUCACCCUUAAGACGAUCCCCUACCUCUCCACAACAACUCUGCUCCCCCCACACCACCUCGCCAGCCCACCAGGCCCCCAGCUCCUCCUCCAGGGGUAGGCGCACCACCUAUGCUCUCUCAGAUGAUGGGGAGGGCCAGGUCACGUCACCCACCAGGAAGGCCUCGCUGGAUGAGUCAGGCAGCGAGGGAAAGAGAUCCCCCAUUAGUAGCACCCGGGGAAUCGUUUCCAGUCGUUCAAAGGCCAAGAUGGAGGCACUGGACAACCUAGUGAUCUCCACCAUCCACUCUCUGUCUGUCAAAGUCCGCACCACCUCUGAGACCCUCCUGCAGAAGCUCAAAUCCCAGUAUGAUGAAGAGGGUGACAGGGCUGCCUUGCUGGAGGAGGUGCUGGCCCAUCUAAGCGAAAGUGACCAAGCGCUGGCAGGGAGUGGAGCAGGGAGAUCCACUUCCAGGGAGCUUGCCGGCAUUCUGAGGAACCUGAAGAAGAUUGAACAUGCUUUAGAAGUAAUUGACCGAGUAAUGGUAGGUGAAGAUGAUGAUGACGAUGAUGAUGAUGAUGAUGAUGAUGACGACGACAGGGGGGUGGUGGGGGGGGCUGACUGGGGGGAAAGUGAUUAUUAACCCCCCCUCUGCUUCCCCCCCUCUCCCCAAUACACCAACCCCCCCCUCUCCCCCUUCCUUCUCCUGCUCCCCCUCGUCUCCUCUUUCGUUAAUGAGAAGAAAGAGGAAGAGGAGAGAAGAGAAGGAUGGGAAGAAAUAAAUAUGUAGUGAAGAUUGAAUAAAGAAAGAGAAGGAGGGAUAUUUAUGAAAGGGAAAUAGACAGAAUUUGUGAUAAUUGUGAUAAAUAGGAAUGGAAGGAAGGAAUAUAUUGGAAACUUGAAUGAAAACGUAGAAAAGCGAAGAAGAAUAAGGGGUAGUGAAGAUGGACAUAAGAAGGAAUGUGAUAAAUGAGAAAAUUAGAAAAAAAUUUAUAUUUAGAAAAGAUUUGAAAGAAGGAAUAAUGAAAACGAAGAGAGAGGGAGAGAAAUAGGGAGAUAGAAAAGGAAAAAUAAUGAAAAUAAGUAAAGAAAACGGAAGAUAUUGAAGAAAAUGGGAAAAUUAACAAAAAUAAUAAAAGUGAAAAUUGAAAUCACGAAGAAAAUUAAAUACAUAAAAUAAUAAAGAAAAAUAGAAAAAAAUAUAGUAUGUGAUAAAAAAUGACAAAGAAAACGUAGACUAAUGAGAAAAACAUACAGAAAACGAGAGUUGACGUUGACAAACAAAGAAAAUGGGAGUGAGAUUUCAUAUUCCUUAAAGAAAACGUAAUUCAAGGCUGCAGAUCAUAGAAAACGGGAUACCUGAAGCUUAGAAGUGCAUAGAAAACGUAAUGUGAGACCUGCAGCUGAAAUUUGAAUAGAAAACGGUUAUUUGAACCUCAGAAAUCAAUAGAAAACGAGAUUGGGCUUCGGGACGCAUAGAAAACGGACAUUUGAAGCUUAAAAAUUCAUAGAAAACGUAUAUUUGAAGCUUAGAAGUGCAUAGAAAACGGAGAUGAGGCUUCAUGAACUAUAUAACCGAAUCUCUCUCUCUCUCUCUCUCUCUCUCUCUCUCUCUCUCUCUCUCUCUCUCUCUCUCUCUCUCUCUCUCUCUCUCUCUCUCUCUCUCUCUCAUUUAUUUUAUUGUAUUUAAUUUUUAGUUUAUUUGUGAGGAAAGACGAGAGAGAGAGAGAGCGAGAUAGAGAAUUUGUGAUAAAGCAAGGAAAUGGAGGAGAAAUUAAGAAAAGAUGGUAGAAAAAUAAAUUAAGAAAUAACGAGGAAUUGUGAUAAAAAAAAAAAGUAAACAGAGAAAUGAGAAAAUAGAAGAUAAUGAGAAUAGGGAAGAAAAUAAAAUAAGAAAAUGUAACAAGAAAAAAAUAAUAAUAAUAAAACUAAAAAUAAAGAAAAUACACGAACAAUUAAAAAAAAAACGAUAAAAAACGAGAAAAAAAACAAGAGGUGCUAGACGCGAAAAAAAAAAAAUCAUAUAUAUAUGUAAUUUAUCCUGAAAUUCCCUCAGUAUGUGCGUGUAUGUGUGUAUGUACGUAUGUGUGUGUGUGUACCAAAACAACAGGACACCACCACCACCACGAGCUGAUACGAAUAAAAUAACCCGUUUUCUUUCAUUGGGGGCACCGUGGGAUUAUGGGUAAGAAAUUUAUCACUCCCUUGGAAAUGUGGCAACAGUCAGGAAGGCGUGGGAGAAGUUAAAAGGGUGGAAUUUUAAAUAUGGCUUAAAAAUAGGGAAAA